AACUUUGAUUUUGGCUUUUUUGAAUUUUGUACAACGUCGACGAUGUUUCAAUUCAAUUAUGCAAGCUCUUGUGCCGUUUGCCAGAAUUUGGUUCACCUAUAAUGUAUUUUGCUCCUGGCAACUGUAACACUACAACCUUGUCAAGUUGUUAUGUCAAUGUCACAGUGACGUGUAACAUUUUACGAGCGAUUAUUGAUUAGACUAAUGAAGUAUAUUUUAACUUAAAACGAGAGUAUAACAGUCUGAUAAUACAAUGUCCGCUAAAAACAAAUCUGACAGUGCCAACAAAGGGAAAGUAACAGACUCUGUUUGGAGGAAAGUGUUCGAAGCGAACGCGGAAUGGCCUGAUAAGGAGGAGUUCCUUGACGUUAUUUACUGGAUGCGACAAGCCAUUGGCAUAAUUUUGGGGUUGUGUUGGGGGUUGCUUCCCUUGAAAGGAUUCCUUGGAUUAUUGCUAUUUGUGUUAGUGAAUGCUGCUGUAAUCUAUUUUUAUGUGAGCAAUUUCCAAAACAUAGAUGAAGAGGAGUAUGGUGGUAUGUGGGAAAUUACCAAGGAAGGAUUCAUGACAUCAUUUGCUGGGUUUUUGGUCACUUGGAUAAUCAUGUAUACAGGCCUCCAUGGCAGCAGUUUAUGAGGUUCACAUGUGUGAAGUACAGACAGACAAACAGACAAUGUAGUCUAAGUACAAGUAUUGUUAGUAGCUUGGGAAGACAAUAUGUUAAAGAGUCUACACUUGAGGAUGUGUUGUAAUGAUAAAAUGUGAAAAUUGCAAAAACUGUGUAAUAUAAUUAUGCUAUGUAAAAACAUUUGUCAUAGUCAUAAGUUGUUAGAUACCCCAAAUGAUAUCAACUUCUACUAUUAUAACAACUAGAGUUAAUCUGGAAAUGUAUUAUUUGUAAAUUGUUGCAGAGUAAUGCAGUAAAAUGCCUGUAAAAAGUACUAGAGCAUUUCUUCUGGGUCUAAAUCAAAUUUGGGUCUGUUGCAGCUGUUUGUAUGUUCAUAUGUAUGUGAGAAGGAUGGGAUUGAUAUUACUUCAUGUUUCAAUUGAUAUUACUCAUUUUUGGUAAAUUGGUAACUUGUGCUGUUGAAAUAAGGUUUCAAACUGCUUAGGACAGUAAUUUAAUAGGGGUUGAAAAUGGAAUAUGUGCAGCCAAAUAUACCUAUUAAAUAAUUCUCUACUGUACAAAUUAGUGACCCAAUAGACGAGUUAAGCUUGUGGGUCACUAAUACAUACAACUAAGAUUUUGUAGGUAUUUUCUGGUAGUUUCACUUGUGAAUGUGGCAGUUUUUAAAUAUUUGUACCUUUGAUAAAAUAGUCUAAUCAUGCUAAGUGGUCACGCCAAGUGCAUGUUGUGUGUGGUGCUCCUGUAGAUUGUCACUGCCAAUUUGGUGUAAACUUAACCUAAACAGACUUUUAAUUUUUUAUUAUGGGUAUUCAAUGGAUCCUAGCUUAAAUGCAUUCAAUAAAAAUAUUUAUUCAAGUUGUUACAGAUAAAAUACAUAAUCAAUGUAAAUAUAGCUAUACCAUUUAUUUUGCCGAACAGUAAUUAUUUUCACACAAAAUAUUCAUUAUUUAUUUAAACAGAAUAUAUUUUUUAGAAAAGGACUUUGGCCUUUACACCUUAAAAUAUGCAAAAAAAAUUGCAGCCACUUUUAGUCAUUAGUUGCUCAAUGUGAACUUUAAAUCGAUGCAAUAAUGAAUGUAUUUCCUCGUUUCUAAUAUUAUUAAGCGCGCGCGAGGCCCUGUGUUUCCAGUAUUUUUUUAAGAACAAAGAUGGUUGAUUUAAUAAAAGUUUUUUAUAACUUAAGAA